CGCGACUGCAUCAACUGCACCACAUUCCCACCCCUCCCUUCCUCCUCUCUUCCUCAUCCAGUUUAUAUAGGCUUGGCGGAUUUUUUUUUUGUGUGUGCGCGGUGUAAAGAGGCAGGUAACAAAGAGAUAUAGCUGUUGUUGUGUCUCUCUCCUCACCGAAGGAGUAGAAGGAGAAAGAGGAGAAGGAGGAGGAGGAGGAGGAGAAGGAGGAGAAGGUGUCGGUUUGGUCAGCCUGGAGCUUGCUGUUGUGUUCUAUCUUUCUCUCUCAUCUUGCUCUUGUCACUUGAGUGCAACUGUUUGUUUGGAUUCCUCCGAGGGUCGACUCUUUGUUCUUUAGCAGAGGCAGUAAGCGUCAGGAGGCAGAUUUUUGGAGGUUUUUGGUUAGGACUGUCUCUUGGGUGUGUGUGUGUGUGUGUGUGUGUGUGUAGAUCCACACCCCCUGUGUACUUCGAUUUGGGCUCUUCCUGUUUUGCUCUCGCUUUCUUUGUUGUUUCUCUCCUCGCCUCUCAGAUUCAGAAUAGGGUAAGCGCGAAGUAAGCCGAUAGACCAAAAGGCGAUCUCAUCAGGGUUGUGUGUUUGCUAGCGAGGGGUUGCUUUGUGGCUCUACCAGAAGCCAAAACUUAGGCGAGGGAGAAGAGCGCGCACCAUCAGGGUUCGAAAAGGUCGCUUGUUGUUUUGCUGCUUUGGCCAAGACCAUGGCAGCGGCUUCGUCGUCGGUACCUCUCUUUGGAAUUAGAGAGGGAGGCGAGCAGUACAACAAGCCACCGCCGCCACCCACCAAUCAACAGUCUUCUUCGUCAGCACCCAUCGCUCCAAAGAAGAAGAAGAAGAAGAGAAACCUCCCUGGGAAUCCAAAUCCGGACGCCGAGGUUAUAGCUCUGUCACCGAAAACGCUGUUGGCUACGAACCGAUUCAUCUGCGAGGUGUGCAACAAGGGUUUCCAGCGGGAGCAGAAUCUGCAGCUGCACCGGCGCGGCCACAACCUGCCGUGGAAGCUGAAGCAGAAGAACCCCAAGGAGGCCCGCCGCCGAGUGUACCUCUGCCCUGAGACAACCUGCGUCCACCACGACCCGUCGCGCGCCCUCGGCGACCUCACCGGCAUCAAGAAGCACUACUGCCGCAAGCACGGCGAGAAGAAGUGGAAGUGCGACAGGUGCUCCAAGCGCUACGCCGUGCAGUCGGACUGGAAGGCGCAUGCCAAGACCUGCGGCACUCGCGAGUACCGCUGCGACUGCGGCACCCUCUUCUCCAGGCGUGAUAGCUUCAUCACCCACAGAGCCUUCUGCGACGCACUUGCCCAAGAAAGCGCAAGGCUUCCGAGCGGCAUGAGCGCAAUCGGCAGCCACCUGUACGGGAACAGCAGCAUAAACUUGGGCCUUCCACCGGUGAAUUCCCACGUCUCCUCCUUUCAGAGCCAGUCCCUCCCGUCAGCCGACCUCGGCCGCGCUCCAUUCCAGUUCGAUCAUCUGAGCUCUUCUGCCUUCCGUUCACCUCAGCCUCGAUCCUCGCCAUUGUAUCUCGGUGGCGGCUCGAGCCAAGAGUUCGGUGGAGACCCUCAAAUACUUGAGAAUAAGACUUUCUCUGGUCUGAUCCAAGACAUGCAAACCACGAGCUCCUCGUCAUCUGCCGCCGCAGCCGGGAGUCUUUUCGAUCUGAGCUUCUUCUCCGACGGCCGCGGCAUGUGCGCAAUGAACAGCAUCGACGGAAACAGUGAGCCAGCAAAGCUGUUCGAUGGAAAUCCGAUGAGAAAUAACAACAACAUCGAUGUGUCUUGUUUGCUCGCCUCUUCCGUGCACAAUGAGUCAGCGGCGGCGCCGCUGAUGUCUGCCACUGCUUUGCUCCAGAAGGCGGCGCAAAUGGGUGUAACAUCCAGCGGCCGGUGCGGCAGCUCCUUGCUUACCGGCUUCGGGAGCACUUACUCCUCCAGCAGCGGUGGUUCGAAACAUGCAAAUCACAGAGACGAAUUCAGGAGCAGUGGCCCUGGACAGGGUUCGAGGACACAGGUAGAGAACGAUAACCAUUUCCAGAACCUUAUGUUUUCUCUGGCGAAUGGAAGCAGUGGCAUAUUUGGUGGCGGGAAUGAGCGAGAGACUGGUUUGGGUGGCUUCGGUCCGGGCUUGUGCAACCUAUCGUCCGGCGGGAUGGGAGGUGCCGAUGGGCUAACCAGAGACUUUCUUGGGGUUGGCGGCGUGAUGAGAAGCAUGGGGGCAGGAGCGAGACAGAGAGGAGGUGAGGUUGGGGUGGCCAUGGCCGGCGCUCUGGAUUCAGAAACGAAGUCGGGACACUGUAGUCUACCUUCCACAGAUGGAAGUCUGCAAUCGAGGAGGAACAAUCCGUAGGAAUAAGCUGUUGUUAUUAUCAGAAUCAAAAAGUGUGGUAGGAGUUAAUUACCUACUAGUGUUAAUGAUCUCGACAAGCAAUGUCUCUUUCAAGUCCCAUGCAUCUUCUCCUGUCAAAAGAUGACCCUGGUUUUCUACUUGUUGAGGAGCUUGUUACCGUUCCCGUUCAAUAAAAAAUGCCAAUCCUUUUUUUC